AGUGACAGUUGAAGAUUCAUUUGGUUCGGUUGGUGUUUGAGUUGAGCUCUCGAAUUUUCCGUGAAAAACCUGUGAAAAUGUUGCGUGGAAAUUGGUGAAAUGUAUGACAAAGUGCGAUUGUGGGUGUUUUGGUGACAUUUGUGCAGCAAUAAUUGGAUUAUGUGGUGUGCAAAGGUGGAUAAAUCAAUGAUAAAAAGUGGUGUUUAGAAGAAGAAGGAAUUUAUUUCAUUUACAAAAACACGCACACUACUACAAUUCACAGAUGGAUUAAGCCGCGCUCGCAUUAAAACCUCCAAAGCAGCGGCUACUUGAUUCACCUCCUGGACAAUUGUAUGGAUAAUCAUUGUCGCAGCCGUUGAAGAGGAAUCCUCCAAUGAAAAUGAGUGCUAAUGAGAAACGUUUGAUGGACCGUGAAGCCCUGCAUUCCGUCAUUCGGCAAUGGAAUGCAAAUCGGCUGGAUCUGUUUGAACUCUCGCCACCAGAUGACAAUCUUCAAUUUCACGGUGUUAUGAGAUUCUACUUCCAAGAUGCUGGCCAAAAAGUAGCCACAAAGUGCAUUCGUGUGGCAUCUGAUGCCACAGUUCAGGAUGUCAUUGCCACGCUAAUUGAGAAAUUCCGUCCGGAUAUGCGAAUGCUGUCACUGCCCAACUAUGCCUUAUACGAAGUGCAUUCAAAUCAUGAAGAGAGGAAGUUGAAUGGAGACGAAAAGCCAUUGCUGGUGCAGCUGAAUUGGAAUUUUGAUGAUCGCGAAGGAAGAUUUCUGCUGAGGGACACAGACCAGAAGACAAAUUCUUAUUUGCAGACACUUGAGAGUGGCGACACAAAUUUCAAGAGGAAAUUGUCAAAGCGUGAACAGAAGGAGCAGAAGAAGAAGAAAGAGAAAUUGCAGAAGAUGCAGAGUACAAAUACAGCCAAUGCUGAGAAUCAUGUGGCAGAGAAAUUGUACACGGAAUUGCCGGAGACGUCCUUCACGAGGUCCAUUUCCAACCCAGAAGCCGUGAUGCGUCGACGACGUCAGCAGAAGCUGGAGAAGAAAUUGCAGCAGUUUCGGUCGAAAGAUGGUGGACCGGACACAGGAGGAACACUGAAGAUCUAUGGUGAGAGUCUGUGUCGGGAUGUUCCCUACAAGACUCUCUUGUUGUCAAUCAGAGAUUGUGCGCAAGCUGUUGUCCGGGAAAUGCUGGCAAAGUAUGGACUGGAUAAGGCGGAUCCACUGCACUAUUGCCUGGUGCAAGUUAACAGUGAUGGUACAGAGUACAUCUUGGAUGACGAUGAGUGUCCACUGUCUAUCCUUAUGAAUCAUCCAACAUCCAGAGGAUCCAUAAUGUUUCAUGUGCGUCGACGGCCGGCGGAUUCACAGCCGCGGCGACGCAAGAAGAAACCACUUGGUGUGUCAAAUGGCAGCAACAACAUGUCAGCAGAACGCGAAGGACCGAUGCUGGUAGAGGUGACGCACAGUGGAGAUGGCGGGAGACGAAUUAAGUUGGGCAGUGAACCGGUGGAAGUGGGAUCUGCCAACACCAACACCCUCCAACUCUUUGGUCCCCCAAUUCAGCCGCGUCACUGCCUCAUUUCCCUCCAUGAAGGUGUCUGCACCGUCACACCGCUUCAUCCUGACGCACUGACCUUUGUCAAUGGCCAUCACAUCCAGCAACCGACAAUUUUGCAUAAUGGAUCUGUGGUGAUGUUCGGUCGAGUGUCAUCGUAUCGUUUUGUGGAUUCACCAUCUGAUGGACGAUACAAUUUGGCCCUGUCUCAGUCCCAAUUGGAUUCAGCAUGUCUCUAUGACAGUCGCUCACCGACAUCUCCAUCUUGGCAUGAAGAUGAACGUCCUUUAAGUCCUGUUCAGUCCAUUGCACAAGGUCAGACGUUGAACAAGCUCAGUAGCUAUUUAGAUGAACCACCAUCGGCCAAUCAAUCGAUUGCUGAUAGCUCCCAGCAGCAUCUUCAUCAUCAUCUCAACAGCAAUUCUACGGGGCAAUCUGGAGUGGGUGGUCAGACGCCCACUGUCACGAGCAAUGUCAGCACUGACAAUCUCACGGAACAGUAUAUGGAUGAUAACAAAAAUCUCGCGUCAGCAGAACCAGAUACAAAGCAAGCCCAAUCGCAGGGUCAGAGCAGGAGCAAGGAGCAGUAUGAGACGAAUUUUGAUGUUGAUGGAACCAUUGAGACGGAAACAAAGUCAAUUUCUAGCAAUAAGUCGGCGGGAUCAAAUCAGGAAAUCAGGAGUAAAAUUCAGUCGGUGAAUGAAAGUGGGCAAGAGCCAAUAUUGCCGGCUGUUUUGGAAUUUCCAGAAACGCACCAGGAGGCCUUUUUGCACCAAGUGAUACCGGAUUUGGAUGUUAAUGCGCCGUAUUUCAAAUUGGCACCUGUUUACACACUCUAUCUAUGUGCCAGAUAUCGAGCAUCGACACACUAUCGUCCAGAUUUGCAGCCGACGGAGAGGGCACACAAACUGACGGCUUUUCUGCAUCAUGUGGCCAAUAUGAUUUAUACAUGUGUCCAGGAACAGUAUACAGAUCCGAAGGUUGUAUCCUUCUGGAUGGCCAAUAGUUCGGAAUUUCUGCAUUUUCUCAAAUCAGACCGACACAUCUCAGCUUUCAGUCUUCAGGCACAGGAAGUUCUGGCAGAAACUGUCCAAUCGGCUUUUAGGCAUCUCGUCAAUUCAUUCCAGGCUGAGCUCUCACAGACCCUCAAUCAGUUCCUUUCGGAAAACAUCGACCAUGAUAGUGCUGCCGGACUCGUCCUUACGGUUCUCGGGGCUGAUAUGGCCCUCUUGCGAAGGUGUCGCGUCAAUGCCGCCCUCACAAUUCAGCUGUUCUCACAACUCUUUCACUACAUCAAUGUGGUGUGCUUCAAUAAAAUCGUCACAACGCCCCAGAUGUGUAAUGCCACAUGGGGCAAAGUGGUGAGUGACCGACUGCAGCUGCUGGAGCUGUGGGCGGAGCGGUUGGGUCUGGAACUGGCAGCUGACUGCCAUUUGGCCAAGAUCAACCAAUGUGCGCAAUUUCUUCAAGCGCCAAAAACGACCGUGGCUGAGGUUCAGCAGUUGGCACAUUCCUGCUUUCGGCUCAAUUCCCUUCAGAUGGCGGCUCUGUUGAGUCAGGAACCCAUUCCCAGGAAUCUCGUGGACACGGCUCUGCGAAUGGCAGAGUCCGUGGCUGAUGAACUGACCCUGGCUGAUGGUAGAGAAGUUCGUUUGGAGGAAUCAACAGAGACUCAGUUGGCUCUGCUGCUGCCAGAAGAUGGCUUCAGUUGUGAUGUCGUUCGGGGAAUUCCGGCUGGACUUGUGGACUUUCUCACACCUCUGCAGAAUGCUGGAAUGUGUCGACUGGCAGCUCAGCCGACCAGUAUUGGACUGUGGACAGUUUAUAUGCAUCAGUACAAUCAGAGAUCACCCAGUGCAAUGUCCACAAAAAUGCCACAGCCGGAUAUUCAGGUGAUAAAGCUCCACAAGAAUAACGGUGGCAUGGGAUUGUCCAUUGUGGCGGCCAAGGGGGCUGGACAGGAGAGAUUGGGGAUCUACAUAAAGUCUGUUGUGCCUGGAGGAGCUGCUGAUGCAGAUGGAAGACUUCAGGCAGGGGAUCAACUGCUGAGAGUUGAUGGGCAGAGUUUGAUUGGCAUCACUCAAGAAAGAGCUGCUGAUUAUCUUGUUCGUACUGGUCCUGUGGUCACUUUGGAGGUGGCCAAGCAAGGAGCCAUUUAUCACGGUCUGGCCACUCUGCUCCAGCAACCGAGUCCCGUGAUUCAGAGAGGCACGCGAAGAAUGUCCGAAAGAGAUGUAUCUCGUGUUGGAGCAGAAACCACUAAACCACCACUCCCGUCACCCGGUGGUCAACAACUCUUGAACAGCAAAUCCGUUCCGGCACUUCAUCACGUCGGGAAUAUUGCAGGAAUGGCUGGAAAUAAAUCAAGGAGUAUUCACAAUUUAGCCGCUGGCCAAAUCAAUGAUCAGGGCUUCUAUCAGAAUCUUAGUAUCUAUCGGGGACAGAAUAUUAGUCAGCCGAAUUUAGGUGAUAGACCCCAAAUACCACUCCUUCAGCCAGCUUCAUCCUCAGCUUCAGCCACUCAGAUGAUGGUGGCUCCUCCGUCAAAUAGCAAUAGCAGCAACAUUUCCAAUCAGCAACAACACCUCAACCGUCCAGCUUCAGCGUAUUUCAACAGCAAUAAUAUGAGCAACACCAAUACUUUGCCUUCCCAGACCAAUUCGAUGUCGUAUUCCAUGCUUCCUCAGCAGCAGCAGCAGCAGCAACAAAUGGUCAAUAGGCCAAAGAAUAGCUUCCUGCGCGAAUCUCAGGGUCAGCAGAGUUUGCGGAUGAAUCAGAUGCUAGCACCAUCAAUGCCCAACAUUGCCCACUCAAGUGGAUAUGCCAGCAACAUUUCAGCCAGUCAGAGUAUGCAGAAUGUUAACAUGAUCAACUAUCCAACGUAUCCCAGUCAGCAACAGCAGCAGCAACAGCAGCCCGUGAUUGCGUCCAAGCCGCCAACGGGUCAUCAGCAUCAGCUGUACUCGCCUCCGGAUCAGGCAGCACAGAUGCGCAUGCAGGCCAAGAUGAGCGAGAUGGGGGAGAUGUUGAGGCGGCGGAAUCAACGAGAGAUGAUGGCUCCCAUGGGAAUGCUCGAUAUGAGCAACUCUUCCCUGGCUCCAAUUCAACAGGGUAGUCCGAUGAUGGCUACGCCACCCGGAAAGCCACCAAUGAUGUCACCGACAGGAGCUGGAGGGAUGUAUGGACAGCAACAGUAUCCGCCGCAGCAGCAACAAAUGAGUCCCCUCAAGCAACUUCCUCCCACAGCACCCAAGCCCCAGCACCAUCGGCUACUGCCACCACCCGAUGAGCAGCUGUCUCCUCCUCUUCCACCCUCCUCAACUCAUCCUCUCUUCAAGCAGCAGCAGCAGCAGCAGCCGCAGUACGUAGCCAGCAAUGCUGAACCUCCCAAGGUGGCUUACUACCCAAUGGGCAACAAUGGCGCCAAUAAGGCCUUUCCGGGCGGCUCCACAAAUCCCUGGGAGCGGGAAGAGCGUGAGAAGGAGCAGGAAAUGCGUCGGGAGCACAUGAGACAGUGGCGAGAUCAGCAAAUCAAUGAACUUUCUGGCCAGGCUCAUCGGACGCCGCAGCAGGAGGAGCAACUGAAGACGUUGGUGCUGGAGCGGGAUUUCGAGCGAAGAGCUCAGGAGAUGGAGGAACAUGAAGAGGAGCCAGAUUUGGGCGGGAAUGCAAAGGCAGGAGCAGGAGUAACUUCCCAAAUGGGCGAAAGUCAUCUGCCCUCGGAGGCAACAGUGAUGCAACCCAAGAGCAUCCUCAAGCACAAUAAUGCAGCAAGGCUGGAGGCACCACAGAAUGAGGGUCGUGGGAAUCUUCUGAUCAGUGGAAGUGUUCCAAAUUCUCCGUCGAAGCAGACAAAAUCCGCAAGUUUUGCCGAUCAAGCAAUUCAUGAGAACAAUUCGGCUGCUUUGAUGUUGUCCAAGGAAAUGUCACAUUUGCACGUCAGUGAAGUUUCUCCAGGAGGAGGAGGAGGAGGUUCGAAUUUUGAGCAGAUGCAGAGUCCAGUGGAUCCAGGUGAUGCUUCCCGGGAGAAUUUUGAGGUGACGUCAAAUGGAGGACCACCACCGCCUCCGGAGCGCAAUAGUUCGUACAUUGUGAUGUCACAGCAACAGCAAAAACUCCGAAACAGUCAGAAUUUGCCACAGAAGCCACCAGGGCAUCUGGAUUUGGGCAAAAAACCACCAAUUCCCAGUCAUUUGGCCACAAAUAACAACUUCACUCCGCCCAGUUCCACUGUGGCGCCCAUUUCUGCCAUAAAUUUCAAUCGGGACAACAAAAGGGUCUCCUUCCACGAUGAAGAGAACAAUGUGGUAGCGGGAGCGGCAUCGCUGAUGCCAGAACAGGCAGAUCUUGAGAUUAUCCGGGAGGAUCCCAAUAAAUUCAUUCAAGACACAACAGCUCUGCUGCAGACACCAACAACUCCGGAGAAUGAGUCUUGGAAUUCGCCGAUUCAGCAGACUCCGGGUGUUAUUGGUGCUCAGGAAGUUUAUCGGGAUCCCCGGACACGACGCCUAGCUGAGCAACAGCAGAAGAAUCAAAAGAGCAACGAUACAGUGCCAGAAAAAUUGUCAUUCAAGGAGAAGAUGAAGAUGUUUGCUCUUGAAUCUGGUGAGAAUCAGACGCCAAAGGAUAAAUUGAAGAUAUCAAGGGCUCAAAGGGACAUUGAUGCUGUUCACUGAGAAAAAGAAAAUCAUUGGGUAGAAGUGAGCAAGAAAAAAAAGAAAAAGAAGAAAGGAAUGAGGAAUAUUGGAUUGUAAGUAGAUACAAUAAUUAUGUUUAUUUUUUAUAUAAAUUUACUACACUUUAGUGAGACCACAAUUGCAUAAAAUAAUUAUUGAGAAAAAACAAACAUUAUGAUAACAAUGAGAACAACUAUAUAACAAUUAGGCAAUUAUACAUAUAGAGCUCCUAUAUAUACAUAUUGCGUGUAUUUCCAAUUUAGAAGAAAAGUAUAUUUGUAAUAUUGUAAUUAUAUUGGACUUGAUAAUUUUUUUUUUUAAUCUUUUUCAAGUUUGUUUCAUGUUUAUUUCUUCGUUUUUUUUCGGGAUGGGAAUGAAAAUAUUUUGAUAUAAUUGUUUCUAUAUAUUUUUUUUCUUGAAGAAUUGACGAAAAAAUUAUUAAAUUUACAAUUCAAGUUGAUGAACCUAUUGCAAGUGAAUUUUAUUGGACAAAAAACAGUGAUUAAUAAAAACAAAUGAAAUGACGAAGGUUUUGAGGAAGAUAUUUUAGGAGAAAAUAUUUAGGGAAAGUUACAGAAUGUGAAGAUAUAUUUAGAACAAGUUUGAUAUAAUUACUAGUGAAUCGAUUGGACCAAAAGAAAAAAAAAUGCUUUGUAUUAAAAAAAAAAGACCACAUAUUUUAUAAAUGGAGCUUUUUUGUAAAAUUUUUCCUUUAAUCUUUUGAAAUAUAAAGAUUUUCCAUUUUA